CAGAACAGGAACCAGGUCUGGCACCAAGAACUGUGUGGAGCAGCUACAAGACUGUGGUAGUUCUGUCGUCAUUGGUCGAUUGGGCGGUUCCCUCCAAACAAACAAAAGCUGUUUUUCCCUGAAACUACCCACACCACAGGAUUUGUUUAAUCACGUGAUCACAAUGUUGUCACUCGGAAACUUGUCGGUGACGAAAAGUCUUCUGCUAGCGUUAGUCAUGUGCCUCUCCGUCAACAGUUUCCCUCAAAUGUCUGGGGGGUUUGGUGCAGCCUACACACAAAAUGAUGACGUCAGCCAACGCUCCAAGCGCUAUGGUUACAUUUCCUGCCACUGCUGUUCCAACUCUUUCAAUAGCAAUUGUUGUUUCCAGUGCAUGAAAAGUCUUGGUCUAGCCAAACGAUCAGCACCCAAUGACGUCAUGACGCCGUGGGAACAGCCCAGAGCCUCAUUCGAUUGGAUGGACGCUGACCUUGACCCAGAUUUUAUGGAAGAUCAGCUGCAAUAGCCAACUUACACAAGCAGAAACAACAACAGAAUAUUUAAAUAAAAGUUUGAAAAUGUUGAUUUUGGUCCAAAUGUUACUUCAUUAAAAACUAUCGCCUCAAAAAUUUUUAGAAGUAUCAUUAAAAAAAAUAUUGCCUAAAAAUAGAUUGGGGUUUUCCUACAAAAUGUUUCUAAAAACAAUCCAAAUAAAUUAAUUUUUCUGACAAAUUA